AUGGCCGGCAUUUUUGAACAGCCGCGAAAUGCGGGCACUCUAUUUCUCGGCGGGCAGAAAAUUAGCGGCGCCGAUGUACGAGAACAAAAUGUGCUCGCGACACAAGCCAUCGCAAAUGUGGUCAAAAGCUCGUUCGGUCCUUCCGGUUUGGACAAGAUGAUGGUGGACGACAUCGGGGAUGUGACGGUUACAAAUGAUGGAGCCACUAUCUUGAGUCUUCUGGAUAUCGAACACCCUGCAGGCAAGAUCCUAGUGGAUUUGGCUCAACAGCAGGAUAAGGAGGUUGGAGAUGGUACUACAUCCGUCGUCUUGAUCGCGUCAGAACUCCUCCGGAGAGCGAAUGAGCUUAUGAAGAACCGGAUUCACCCUACUACGAUCAUCAACGGCUACCGGCUAGCUCUUCGAGAAGCUGUCAAGUACAUGAACGAGAACAUCAGCACGAAAGUUGAGAACCUGGGCCGGGAGAGCUUAAUCAACAUCGCAAAAACGUCGAUGUCCAGCAAAAUCAUUGGUGCAGAUGCUGACUUCUUCGCCAAUAUGGUCGUGGAUGCGAUGCUUUUGGUCAAGACAACGAACCAGAAGAACGAGGUCAAAUACCCUGUCAAGGCUGUAAACGUGCUUAAAGCUCACGGCAAGAGUGCUACGGAGUCCAUUCUUGUCAAAGGAUACGCUCUCAACUGCACCGUUGCAUCUCAGGCAAUGAAAACUCGGAUAACAGAUGCGAAAAUCGCUUGUCUUGACAUGAAUCUGCAAAAGGAAAGGAUGAAGCUUGGCGUCCAAAUCACGGUUGACGACCCCGAUCAGCUUGAGAAGAUCAGAGAGCGGGAGUCCGGUAUCGUUUUGGAGAGGGUUGAGCUGAUCCUCAAGGCCGGAGCCAACGUUAUACUCACCACGAAGGGUAUCGAUGACAUGGUAUUGAAGAUGUUCGUCGAGAGGGGAGCCAUGGCUGUGAGACGGUGCAAGAAGGAGGAUUUGAGGCGGAUAGCGAAGGCCACUGGAGCUACCCUUGUGAGCACGCUCUCGGAUCUGAAUGGCGACGAGAAGUUCGAGGCUUCGUAUCUCGGACACGCUGAGGAGGUGGUGCAAGAACGCAUAUCAGAUGACGAGUGUAUCCUUAUUAAGGGAACCAAAGCUCACUCAUCCGCGUCGAUCAUUCUCCGAGGACCUAAUGACUUCCAGCUGGAUGAGAUGGAGCGUUCUGUUCAUGACUCCUUGUCCGCCGUGAAGCGAACUUUGGAGAGCGGCAGCAUCGUUCCUGGAGGUGGUGCCGUGGAAACAGCCCUUCACAUUUACCUUGAGGAAUUUGCUGUGACGGUGAGUUCUCGGGAGCAACUAGCCAUCGGUGAAUUCGCGCAGUCCCUCCUUAUCAUUCCCAAGACACUGGCCGUCAACGCGGCCAAGGACUCUUCGGAACUCGUGGCACAGCUGCGUGUGCGUCAUGCCAUCUCGCAGCGUGUGCAGGAAGGGGAUGCCAAUGAGGAGGAGAAGGCCAUAGCCAAGAAGAAGACGUACCGAAACUACGGACUCGACCUGACGAGGGGCCGUGUGGUGGACUCAAUCAAGGCGGGAGUGCUGGAGCCCAGCAUGAGCAAGGUCAAGCAGUUGAAGAGUGCGGUCGAAGCGUGCAUUGCCAUCAUGCGGAUUGACACCAUGAUCAAGCUUGACCCGGAGAAGAAGGCCGAGGACGACGGACAUGACCACUAA